GUCAGUGCAAAUUCGAACGCGCGGUUGAGCGGUUCGAAAAACGAGUGUUUGAAAAUUUAUGAAAAUUAAUGGAACGAGUGGAAGCUAAAAUAUAAAUUUGGAAUUUUCGGUCGAGAAAGAGUGCAAAAAAAAUGUAGUUUAAAAAAGAAAAACAACAACAAUAAGACGUGUUGGUAUAAAGGGAAUGCAAACAAAUGUACCAAAUGAAAAUCAUAAUUGAAAAAGAUUAAUGAAAAGAUUGUUCUGUAACAUUUGAAAAAUUAUAGUGUAAAAUUUUAUUGAAACAUAUUUGCAAAAUACGCACAUACAUACAUAUACGAGUAUUAAACAAACGUUUUUCAAAUCAACACAUCAAAUUCCUAACGAUUUUCCCACAUUUGAAACGGAAAGGCCAAGCGAAAUAUAAAAUUAAAAAAGCGGUACAAAACCGCGACACCACAAGUCUUUUCUUCCAGACGAAUCCAGUCGGAUUUUAUUGUGUAAUAAUUUCUAUAAUUUAUAAUUGGAAAAUGCAGCGCACAUUCUGCUUAAUCAUUUUGCUGCUCAGUGCGGUCGUGAACGCUUGGGCCAUUCAAUGCUACUCAUGUGAGUCGGCUUACCACUCUGGCUGUGGUGAUGAGUUUGAUCUGGAGAACUUUUUCAAAUUGGACUGCUCACAUGUACCGCCGCCGCGCUAUUUGGAGAACGACUUGGAUAUGCGAAAUGCCACAGCUUGUAUGAAGCGUUCAUAUAAAGUACGAAACACGCUGAGGGUAGAACGCAAUUGCUUUUUUGGUGACGUCAACGCCACCGUCAGCGGUUGCGAGUUGGAUCCAACGCUGGAGCAGGCAGAGGCGGUGUCGUGUCAUGUCUGCGACAAUGAAGAUUUCUGCAACCGCAGCAUUCAAUUGAAGGCGUGGCCGCAGUAUUUGGCGAUAAUCAUAUUCGCAUUUACGGCGAAAUUUCUGAAUUGGUUAAGCUAAAAUCGGGUGUAACUUCAUUGAUCAACUUUCUUCGGCUCUAAUACUCAACUCCAAGUAGUUAGACACUCACACACACAUAUGUAUUGUACAUAGAUUUAGAUAAAUUAAUUUAUUUAUUUAUAAUAAUUUUUGUGGAAUGCUUUUUGUUUUUAUUUUUAGUUUAUGUAGACAGCGCGAUGAAAAUAAAACUCAUGUUAUUCUAAACUCUUGGGGAGGGUUUAAAAAAAGCAUUGUCUUCUAAAAAACAAAAACCUAAAGAAUAAAAGAAUCCCUUUAUUAAGAAAUAUAA